UGCCAAAAAAUUAUCUCAUCCUACCCACCCACCUAGUGUCAUUGAAUCAAUGGAAAACACACAGGUUACUGAGCUUCAUUACCCAUCACACUCAAACCUAACUGAAUUCUAUUUCCAGCUUGGAUUUACCAGUGAUUACUCCCCUAUACAUCAAUUUCGUAGAUCUUUAGACUCGUCAUCUUAUGAAGUUCAUCAUAUCACUCCCCAAGUUCAACAGCUUGAUACUCCUCAGUCAACAUCAGAUGAAGGAGUUGAUCAGCUAUUAGGCAUAAUAAAUGAGAGGAAGCAGAGAAGAAUGGUGUCAAACAGAGAAUCCGCACGAAGGUCACGCAUGCGCAAGCAGAAGCAGUUAGAUGAGCUUUGGUCACAGGUUGUCUAUCUUAGGAAUGAAAAUCAACGACUUUUGGACAAGCUGAACCAUGUUUCAGAGUGCCAUGACCAAGCUACCCAAGAAAAUGCCCAGCUUAAAGAGGAAACUUCGGAACUUCGUCAGAUGCUCACUGACAUGCAACUCAGAACUCAAGAAUCUACAUCUUUAACUAAAGAGAGCUUGAUGUGAAUUCACCAGAAGAAGUCACCAAUCUUGAGACUGAAUAAGUGUUUAACUAGUUUCUCUAAGUUACCACUGUUGUCUAUAUUUUCUUUGAACUUUUGUUUGCUGCUUCUCGCUACUGUUAAUAUCCAAUUAUUGUUUGUA